AUGUCCUCAAAAACCAAGGGAGAAAACAAAAAGCCUGACCCAUUAAAGUCGCUGAUAGCCGGAGGGACGGCUGGAGCUAUCGAGGGUGUGAUCACAUACCCCUUCGAGUUCGCCAAAACGAGGCUGCAACUCGUGGACAAGUCCUCUAAGAUGUCACGCAACCCUUUGGUGUUGAUUGCUACUAUUGCAAGAACGCAGGGCAUCGGUGCGCUGUACGUUGGAUGUCCAGCCUCCGUCGUGGGUAACACCGCUAAAGCCAGUGUGAGAUUCCUGGGUUUUGACUCGAUCAAGAGGUUACUCGCUGACAAAGACGGCAGACUGUCAGGCCCAAGGGGUGUCUUGGCUGGUCUUGGAGCUGGUCUUCUAGAAUCUGUUGUUGCAGUCACGCCGGCCGAGGCAAUCAAGACUGCCAUGAUUGACGAUAGACAGACUGCCAGCCCCAAGUACAGGGGUGGACUAUCUGCCACUUUCAGGCUUGUGAAAGAUCUUGGAUUCAAGGGCAUUUAUGCAGGUGUUUUGCCGGUAACAAUAAGACAGGCUUCCAACGCCUCGGUCAGAUUCGGCUCGUAUAACGCUAUCAAGACCACCAUACAGAAUGCCUCUGGAACUCCUCCAUCGCAGCCAUUGAGCUCAGGCUUAACCUUUCUUGUUGGUGCCUUUGCUGGUGUGGUGACAGUAUAUACCACAAUGCCUAUAGACACUGUGAAGACGAGAAUGCAAGCUUUGGGCGCUGAUAAAGUGUACUCGUCUACCUUCAAUUGUUUUGUGAAGGUGUUCAAGGAGGAGGGUCUGAUGACUUUCUGGAAGGGAGCCACUCCAAGACUAGGAAGACUGAUUCUGAGUGGUGGUAUUGUGUUCACGAUAUACGAGAAAAUGUUGGUUAUCAUGGGUUAA